AUGCCACGCUCCUUCCUGGUAAAGAGCAAGAAGGCUCACACCUACCACCAGCCCCGUGCCCAGGAGGAUGAGCUCCUCUGGCCUCCUGCCCUUGGCCCUGUGGCCAGGGACCAGGUCCUGAGCACCAACCCUGUCCUCAGCACCCUGUUCCCAAACCAGUGCCUGGACUGGACUGACCUCAAACGGGAGCCGGAGCUGGAGCUGGACCAGAGCUUGAUGACCAGGAUGGCCUCCACCCCAGAGGGGCCUGCUGUGACGUCCCGACCCCAAGAUGGGGACUCGCCAUCCUCCGACUCACCCCCGUUCUACAAGCCCAGAUUCUCCUGGGAUGCCCUGGCUUCAUCUUACGGCCACAGCUACCAGCAGGCCCCCUCCACCAUGCAGUCUGCCUUCCUGGAGCGCUCCGUCAGCCUGUAUGGCAGCCCUCUGGUGCCCAGCACCGAGCCGCCCUUGGACUUUAGCCUCCACUACUCCCCGGGCUUGGACACAUACCACUGCAUCAAGUGCAGCAAGGUGUUCUCCACCCCACAUGGGCUCGAGGUGCACGUCCGCCGCUCCCACAGUGGGACCCGGCCUUUCGCCUGCAACGUCUGCGGCAAAACCUUCGGCCAUGCAGUGAGCCUGGAGCAGCACACGCACGUCCACUCCCAGGGGAUCCCGGCCGGGUCCAGUCCCGCGCCCAGCUUGGCAGUCCCGGGUCGCGAGGCCCCACCUGCGCCUGACCCCCCGGGGCCUCGUUUCCUCCGGCAGGGGCGCAGCUUCGAGUGCCGGAUGUGCGGCAAGGCCUUCAAGCGCUCGUCUACCCUGUCAACCCACCUGCUCAUCCACUCGGACACGCGGCCCUACCCCUGCCAGUUCUGCGGCAAGCGCUUCCACCAGAAGUCGGACAUGAAGAAGCACACCUACAUCCACACCGGUGAGAAGCCACACAAGUGCCAGGUGUGUGGGAAGGCUUUCAGCCAGAGCUCCAACCUCAUCACUCACAGCCGGAAGCACACGGGCUUCAAGCCCUUCAGCUGUGAGCUGUGCACCAAGGGCUUCCAGCGUAAAGUGGACCUGCGGCGGCACCGCGAGAGCCAGCACAACCUCAAGUGA